CCCUGCGGAGCGCUGCGCCGGGCCGGGCUCCGCCGCGCCGCCGAGCGGAGCGAUGGGCAACACGGUGCACAAGACCCUGGCAGACACAAGCCACCAGACCCGCUCAGUCUCCAGCCGCCCCUACUACAGUUUGCCCAACAGCAGCCAUGAGAGACGUUCGGUUCUCACCGUCACGGAGCCGCCGCGUUUCCACUCCCAAGCCAAAGGCAAGAACGUGCGCCUGGACGCUCACUCCCGCAAGGCCACGCGGAGGAACAGUUUCUGCAAUGGGGUCACCUUCACCAACCGGCCCAUCCAUCUCUACGAGAAGGUCAGGCUGAAGCUGGUGGCUGUGCACCACGGCUGGAGUGGGGCCCUGCGCUUUGGCUUCACCAUUCACGACCCAUCGCAGAUGAGCUCUGAGGAGAUACCAAAGUACGCCUGUCCGGACCUGGUGACCCGACCUGGAUACUGGGCCAAAGCUUUGCCAGAGAGGUUUGCUGUGAGAGACAAUAUCUUGGCCUUCUGGGUUGACCGUCAUGGGAGAGUCUUCUAUAGUAUUAAUGAUGAGGAGCCAAUAUUGUUUCACUGUGGUAUUAAAGUUUCUGGUCCUCUCUGGGCACUCAUAGACGUCUAUGGAAUUACCCAUGAAGUGCAAAUACUAGACAGCAUGUUUGCAGAGACCAUGACCACUGCCCGGCUCAGCAGUGCCCGGCUCAGCACUUGCCUUCCGCAGAGCAACCAUGAUUCUGCCAACUUCAAUAACAACGAACUGGAGAAUAACCAAGUGGUAGCCAAAAUUGCAAACCUAAACCUAAGCCGGGUUCCAGGGCUUGCGACAGACAACCACAUCAUCCCCUGUUGCCCAAACCGACGGCAGCGUGCCCAGGGGGUCCCAGCCUUCCUGGACACUGACCUGCGAUUCCACCCCACUCGUGGACCUGACAUCACAUUUUCUCAGGACCGGAUGGUUGCCUGUACCAACUGGCAAGAAAGCAAUAGGACUUUGGUGUUUUCUGACCGACCUUUGCACAUUGGUGAAAGCCUCUUUGUGGAAGUAGGACAUCUUGGGUUGCCAUAUUAUGGGGCCCUUUCGUUUGGCAUCACUUCUUGUGAUCCGAGUACUUUACGGACAAACGAGCUCCCAGCAGAUCCAGACUUUCUCUUGGACCGCAAGGAAUACUGGGUGGUUUACCGAGCGUUCCCGGUCCUCAACAGUGGUGACAUUCUCAGUUUCAUGGUCUUGCCGAAUGGAGAGGUGCACCACGGGGUGAAUGGAGCCAGCCGAGGAAUGCUCAUGUGCGUGGACACCUCACAGUCUCUCUGGGUGUUUUUUACAAUCCACGGUGUAAUCAACCAGCUCAAAAUACUGGGCACUGUGCAGUCCAGCCCAGUGACCGUCUCUCCCUCAGGAUCCCCCGGUGGUUCGCAGUACGACAGUGACUCGGACAUGGCCUUCAGCGUCAACAGGUCGUCGUCUGCUUCGGAGUCGUCGCUCGUGACUGCUCCCAGCUCCCCUCUGAGCCCCCCCAUCUCUCCUGUCUUCCCCCCUCCAGAGCCAUCAAGCAGCAAGAAUGGGGAAUGCACCGUCUGCUUUGACAGCGAGGUGGACACAGUGAUCUACACCUGCGGACACAUGUGCCUCUGCAACACCUGUGGUCUUAAGCUGAAGAAGCAGCUCAACGCCUGCUGCCCAAUCUGCCGACGGGUCAUCAAAGAUGUUAUUAAAAUAUACCGUCCCUAGCGCCCGGCUGGGGCUGCAGGAAGGGGGAACGCCGCUAGCAGUAACCAUGCCUUUCCGUCCCUGCUUAUGGGUUAUCGUGCUGGUCAGUCGUUAUCAAGUGGCUCGUUAUCUGUGUUUCCUUAUUUGACUGGUAGGGCACAAUUCAGGGAUAAAUUGAGCUGAGGAUCAUUUGGGGCCCAAAGGCACGGCUGCCGUGCCAGCCAGGCUGUGUGCCCGUGGGCGAAUCCAGGGAAUCCCGGUCUGGACCUGACCCAGAUGCAAAUGAGAAAUUUCCUGUGCAAAGGCUCGUUUUUUCCUCCUCCUCCUGCAGAGGAGGCUCGCUGUGGUGCAGGCUGGGAAAGGGAGGUUGCCACUUGGUCACUGCCAGGUGCCACCGGGCUUCCCGACCCCUGCUGCUGGGUGCUCGCACUGUGGCGGAACAAAAUUAAGACAAGGCCCAGUUGGGGAGGGUUCAAAGUGGACAAAACUGAUUUGGAAAUGUCGUGUUCAUCUGUGAAAGGGGAACUAGCUAAGGCCAAAAUAGUAGCACAGCCAGAUUCUCACUUGUUUGGGUUCCAGGCUUCUGGGGCAUGUGGAGAAGCUGGUCUGGUAUUAGAUAAAGCAGCUUUUACUUUUUGUGGCAGAGCAGGGACUUUGAGCUAGGUAAGCUGAGACCUGGGGAGCAGCCAUGGGGUGGCAGUGAGGAGCAUGAGGCCACCGCGAGCCCCAGCCACCCCCACGGCUGCUGCAGCGGUGGUGGAGCAGCAGCGAUGGGCUGUGCAGGCUGCUGAAGCCAUGAAUUGCAGCCUGUGGAUGAGAGGGGCGUUUGGAUGGGCACACACAGUCCUGGCUUAGAGAAAGCACAGGGCUGCAGCCAUCUGCAGGGAUGGUGUCUAACACCUCCAGGCACACGUGCCUGCAUUUUGCUCUGCUCCUCUUUGCAGGUAGUGGAGCUGCCAUCUCACCCUGUCCUGCCUGGCUUGAGCCCUUUCCCAGCAGCCAGGGCUCAGCCUUCCUCCUGCCCCACCACUGGGACAUUUGGAGCCUGUAGUGAUUUCAGACCCAGUCCCAGCAGGCUCACUUUUUUUCUGAGGACUGUGUAUGUGCUAAUUUUACCUGCUCUUUCUGCCUUUCCAGGUUUACCUGUACAGCUACCAGCUGCCUAGACACUGAAUCCCAACAGUAGAUAAGAUCUUUUUGAGAUGAAGAUCUCACUUGUCUUUAUCUGGGAGGAGGAAAGAAAGGCUAUUGGGACUUCAAAGGUAAAUGGGUUUUAGCUGUGGUGUUAGCUACAAGCAGCAGCAACCCCCAUGAGCUGGGCAGCAUCUGAGCAUGCAGCCUUGGGGCUGGUGCAAGGAGCUUGGUGUCCUGCUCCCUGCUGCUCCCUCUGCAGCUGCCCUCAAUUCUCCAUCCUCUGCCCACCCCCAGUGGGCUUCUAUCCAGUCCUUCACCUUGAGCCUGGCCAGCUUCCAGCUGGUCCAGGUUAGUAAAGAGAGAAAAAGAGAGGAUGCAAAUGGGAGAAUGAGAGCGGGGCUGGUAUCAUGCUAGCGCAGUGACCGUGUGCCACCAAGAGGGUAAGAACAGCUUUUUACAGAAAGGUGCAAUGACUGUAUUUUAGUCCAAAAAAGAAAAAAAACUGAGCAACCUCUGAACGUUUUGGGGCUUCUAGGCACAGAGGGGAGCCUGACCUUGCCAGUGUCACCUCACCUCACCAUCGGCUCUCCCCUCCGAGGUGCCAGUAGCUGUGGGUGCUCUGCUGCCUCCCUCGGUGCCAGAGCCCGGGCGGUGUUUUGGUGGCGGCGCGGCCCUUGGUACCGCCCGGCACGGAGCCGUCCUGGCCCCGCUCUGCGUCAGGGAGAGCUCAUCCUCCUGCUGCAGCAGGCUGGAGCUGAGCAGGCAGGAAGAAAACCUUUUUUUUUUUUUUUUUCUUCUUUUCCUUGAAGAGCUAACUAACAUUUUAAUUAAGUGUCUAAAUGAGAAGCUGCUGUAGAGUGAGAUCUCUCACCCGUUGCCCUGCUGCACUGGCAGGAGAGCCUGCUGGCUUUGCAGAGCUCGUUUUUGGAACCUCGGCUCAUGCCUCUGGCUGUGCCACUGCUGACUGUGCUCAGCCCUCAGCAGAGCCACUGGCACGGCGACUGUGGCACGAGUUCACCUACACCUUUGCAAAAGGAGACAGCAAGGGCAGGUUUCCAGCAGCUGGAGCCUUGCCCAGACCCCCGGGCUGCCCUCUGCCCAGGGACCGCAGAUGGUGCCUUCACAGAGACCUCCCUGGUCCCACGUUUGCAGACCAGGGUCCAGCUGCGGUCAGUGGGCACAAUGAUGGCAAGGAUAUAUGAGCAUGGGAUGAAAGGCCAGGUGGGUUAGUGUCUGCCUGGUCAACUGGCUGCAGUGGGAAGCCCUUGCAUGAGGAAUUAAAGGAACAUUAUCGGAAUCCACAGUGAUCGAUGCUAGCUUGGAUCAGAUCUGGGCUAGUGAAUGCCAGCUGCCAUCCCUGGGGCUGCUGUCCCUAUUUCAGGGGUGCCCUGUCCCUUUCAGUAGCUGCACAUGGCUGUGUGCCUGAGCAGAGCAGAGCUUGGCUGACCCCUCAGGUCCUCAGUGAGUGGGGGUAGCUGAAUGCCUGGGGUGGAGUUUUUAUUGGUAUAGCUCUUAUUUUUUUAAGCCAGCAAGGAGAAAUACCGAAUCCACCCCAGGCUGUGUCUGAGCCCUUCAGGACACAUUGCACAAGUUGAAUUUUUGCUGUAGCAGCUGAGACCAGUUUCCAGAAGUGCAGCAUCCAGUGGGGCCAGCAAGGGGAGCCAGCUCAGUCAAGGUCCGGAGGGUGGCCGUGCAGCAAGCAGGAUGGGAAAGCAGUGGACAUGUUGCCCUGCCUGUCUGAAAGCAACAGGAAUUUUUCCAAAAUAGGCCUCUUAAAAUAAAAUUAUUUCCAGGAAAAGGUAGCCUCUUACAGAUUUAAUUGUUAGUACUCGUAUUGCUAUUUUUUUUAAACAGUCUGAUGAUAUAUGAUUUGUACAGAAGAUCUGUUUGUGCCUUAUAAGGGUGUCUGUGCACUUUUUAUCCUUUUUAAAGCAACUUUUAAAAAGAAAAAAAAAAAGGGGGGGGGGGGGAACAACACAGAUCAAUGGUAGUUUUAUAGAAUUUUGUGUUCACUGAGAAUCUUGCUUUUUAUAUAUAUAUAUAUAUGAGUGAAAAAGUGUUAAUUUCCAUGGAUUCCCCCCUCUCCUCCUAACCUAUUUGUUUAAAAAUUAAAAAAAAGAAAAAAGGAAGGAAGAAAGGAAGGAAAAGAAGAGAUGGGGAACUCUUUUACCUUCCCUCUUUCCAAGACAGUUCCUCUCUUACCAUUACCUUUAUGAUUCAAUACUGUGACCUGCAUAUCAUGGUUAAGCUGAAUCAGAUUUUGGACCUCUGUAUUAGGCAUUUCAAGCAAAUUAUUGGGGAGACUGGGGUGGGGAGGGCAUCGCACGAGGGAGGGAACUGCACUUCUACAUGUCAGUGCUCUAUAGCCUUGUGUUUUGUGCUGUGUGUUUUACUUUUGUCCAUUUACCUGUUUUACAUUAAUAUAAUUUUACUUGUUUAUGAAACAAAUAAACUUUUGGCUUGUAAAA